UUGUCAUAAUGUAUUCUCGUCUGUUAGUGUUCUAGCUGCACAACAAAAUAACUGAGCUACAGGCUUCCCUUUUAUAACUAAUUUAUUAAAGCAUAUGCUACACAUUAGUAGUCUACUCAUCGGUUUGGCCAUGUUUUAAUAUUCUAUAUUCGCAAGGCGUUUGGGAAUGCUUUGCUUUUACUUUUACUUUUCGCCUCUGUUCUUGUUAUUCUCGUUAGCAGAAGAAUAAAAGGGGCUGAAAUGGCCGAUGACGCUAUGGACACGGUGUAAUGUGAUUCCUCAGCAAAUGGGAGCUGGAGAUUUGAGGAAAACUAGUGGGAACAAGAUGGCUGGUGCUGGACGAGGAGACGAUAUUGCCUCUUUUUGACAAACGGAGGACUUGGACAUCCCGAACUAAUUCCAGUUGGUACCUUCAGCAGUAGACAUAUAGCUAAGUUAGUUUUCUGUAGCUUUGGGCUUUAGGCUAUUUUUCAGACCAAACUUUUUUUGGGGAACUUUUUACUUUGGCUUUUGAUUAAAACAAUCUGGAAAGCAUCGUUCGUCGCACGUAACGGAAUCAAAUUUCCUUUAUUCGGGGGACUCCGAUAGUUUUGCUUCAGGUGUCGUUAGUUGGGUGACCCUUGGACAUUUGACACUUCAACGCAAACAAAUCCAAGAAAAUGCACUAAAACUCAUCGAACAGAAGCAUGAGCUCGACUAGAGUCCGUUCCCAGGCGCAAAAGCUCCCGGCCAGACCAGCUUCGGGCGCUGUGUCUGCACCCCUGCCGCACAGGCUGGAGCCGAAUGAGAGCAUCGAGAUGGACAGGUUGCAUCCCGGAGGAGUGGGGCGCGGAGGGCCCGGGGUACCCGAGCAGGACCCCUCCCCGCCCGGCGCCAGCUCCAGACACGCGUGGAGCCGCGACAACCCGGGCUUCGAGCCCGAGGAGGGUAUGAUGGACGCGAGCUGGCCUCCGGGAGGUCCGGGACGCAGAUCGCUGUCCGCCACCUCGAGCAGCAGCGGCAGCAGCGGGCUGGCAAGCUUUAACGGCGCGAGCGGCGCGCGGGUCCACGGAGGACUCUGCCCGAGCCCGCCGGCGGAUGGCCUUCAGCACGAGCCAACGGGCUGCGGAAAGAGGCUACUCGAGAGAACGAGACUUUUCUGGGGCACGCGACUGCUCGAGCAGAGUGACGGCAGCAGGGAGAUGUACCUGAAGACCGUCCUGCGCGAGAUGGCCACGUACGGCAUGUUCCUCGUCACCUUGUGCAUCCUGACGUAUGGGAUGGUGAACACCAACAUGUACUACUACACCAAAGUGAUGUCUCAGCUCUUUCUGGACUUGCCGUUGUCGAGUGGAGACGGCACCACCUUCAGGACCCUCGCAACCAUGGACGACUUCUGGAAAUACAUAGAAGGGCCGUUCCUAAACGGGAUGUACUGGGACGCGUGGUACAACAACAAGAGCCUGCCUGAGAACAAGAGUCUCAUCUACUACGAGAACCUUCUGCUCGGGGUCCCGCGACUCCGCCAGGUGAAAGUCCUCAACGAGUCCUGUCCCGUGCACGAGGACCUGCGGGAGGAGGUGUAUGACUGCUACAGCACCUACUCACCCAGCAGUGAGGACACGGGUUCCUUUGGCCUGAAAAAUGGCACGGCGUGGGUGUACUCGGAGGAGAGCAGUAUCGGUGGGAGCAGCUACUGGGGAGAAGUGGCCAGUUAUGGAGGAGGCGGUUACUACCAGGACCUGUCCAGCGGCCGGGAGGAGUCCGCCGGGCAGCUGCGCCGCCUGAAGGACAACCUGUGGCUGGACCGUGGCACCAGGGCCGUCUUCCUGGACUUCUCAGUCUACAAUGGCAACGUCAACCUCUUCUGCAUAGUCAGAUUGCUGGUGGAGUUUCCAGCCACUGGGGGCACUGUGACAUCCUCACAGUUCCAGACCGUGCGUCUGGUGCGGUAUGUUUCCAGCUGGGACUACUUCGUGGGCGCGUGUGAGGUGAUUUUCUGCCUGUUCGUACUCUACUACGUGGUGGAGGAAGUGCUCGAGAUUCGACUGCAUCGCCUGCGCUAUUUCAAGAGUCUGUGGAACUGUUUGGACGUUGUCAUAGUAACGCUGAGCGUCCCUGCCAUCAUCAUGAACAUCCACAGGACGGCAGCAGUCAACAGCAGGUUGAGGUACCUACUGGAGAACCACAGCACCUAUCCAAACUUCCAACCCCUCGCUCAGCUGCAGGUCCGGUUCAACAACCUGGCCGCGGUCAUUGUGUUCCUUGCCUGGGUCAAACUCUUCAAGUUCAUUAACUUCAACAAGACCAUGAACCAGCUGUCCAGCACGGUGUCCCGCUGCGCCAAAGACCUGCUAGGUUUCUCCAUCAUGUUCUUCAUAGUGUUCCUCGCAUACGCACAGCUCGCUUACCUGGUGUUUGGCACCCAGCUCACCGACUUCAGCACGUUCCAGGCCUGCAUUUUCACCCAGUUCCGGAUCAUUCUGGGAGACUUUGAUUUCGCUGAGAUUGAAGAGGCAGACAAAGUUCUAGGACCAAUCUACUUUACCACCUUCGUGUUUUUCAUCUUCAUGAUCCUUUUGAACAUGUUCUUGGCUGUCAUCAAUGACACCUACUCAGAGGUUAAAGCUGACAUGGCACAACACAGAUCUGAUAUGGAAAUCACAGACCUCAUUAAAAAGGGCUGCCACAAGGCCAUGGUGAAACUGAGGCUGAGGAAGACUACAGUAGAUGAUAUCUCUGACAGUCUUCGACAGGCUGGAGGGAAGCUCAACUUUGACGAGCUCCGGCAGGAUCUCCGAGGCAAGGGACACUCUGAUGCUGAGAUCGAAGCCAUUUUCGCCAAGUACGACCUGGAUGGAGACCAGGAGCUCGCUGAGCACGAGCACCAGCAGAUGAGAGAUGACCUUGAGAAAGAGAGAGAGGACUUGGAUCUGGAACGCAGUUCGCUGCCCAGGCCACUAAGUGGACGGAGCUUUUCCCGAAGCCAGGACGACUCUGAGGAGGAUGACGAUGAGGACAGUGGCCACAGCUCUCGUCGCCGUGGCAGCAGCUCUGGGGGCGUGUCUUAUGAGGAGUUCCAAGUGCUGGUGCGAAGGGUGGACCGCAUGGAGCACUCGAUCGGGAGCAUCGUCUCGAAGAUCGACGCCGUCAUUGUGAAGCUGGAGGCCAUGGAGAGAGCCAAGCUGAAGAGGAAGGAGGUGCUGGCCAGACUGCUGGAUGGCGUUACCCAGGAUGAAAGGCUGGGCAGGGACACAGAGGUGCACAGGGAGCAGAUGGAGAAACUGGUCCGAGAGGAGCUCGAGCGCUGGGAGUCGGAUGACGUCCUCUCCCAGCUCAGGCAUCAGCAGGCUAUUGGCUCAGGAGCUCAGCUCCGCCCACGCAGCGCACGCCCAUCCUCCUCGCUGUCCAGCGAGGCCCAGGACACCGGGAGCAACGGGGAUGGACACGUGUAAGAUCCCUCUUCCUUAUUCCAUGGCCAUAACAAGUAUUCUUACACUGACCUGUCACAUUAGUAUUGCAGUAUUUGUAUGGUUUCAGUUUUUUAUUCACUAUGCACGCUUCCAGUUCAGGUCCAGCAGAGUAUUAAACAUGACUGUAUUUGUAUUCAGCUGGUACCCAUGUAGUAUUAUCUCUAAUUGCCAAAUGGACAGUAGACUGAUGAAGUCUUCAAUGCAGUGCUGGCACUAGUGAGUGGCCAUGCGCUAAACUAAAGGUGCUUAGGUGUGUGUUUUAUCAUUAUCUAUGCUCCUGGCCAAACAAAAUGGACCAAAACCAGAAUUAAAUUGAAUAGUCUUAUAAACAAAUCAUUGGUAGAAAAUGAACAUGAGCUAAUGAAGCACACUCCUGAGACAGGAGACCGGACUUUAGUGAGUGACUUUAGAUGAGUACACUCAUCUUCAUACACAAAGAUAAAAUCAUGACAUGAUUUCAGUGCUUUAAUAUAAAAUCAAAGCUAACACAGGUUGAGUGUUUAAAAAUGUCAACAUUAUUUGCAGAUGAGACCAGUGAAAGCUUCUUAGUGUGCAGUUUUGGGUUUGGUCCGUUGGGUUUGGUCCGUUGGGUUUGGUCCAUUGAUGUUUUUUUUUUUGUUUUUUUUUAAAGCAUGAUCAACGUAGGAGCAGGCUGUUUUUUUGUUUGUUUUGUUUUGUUUUCAUACCACAAAAUUUGAGAUCUGAGAAAAUACAUAAGAUGCCGGACUCGUGUGUGUGUGUGUGUGUGUAUAUACAAUUCAGAAACACAACCUCACCAGAAUGAACGAGUACAAUAAAGCAUAAUAGAAUUUUAUGAGUGAAAUCAUGUGCUAAUCCUCUCCGUCCUCUCCGAGUCCUCAGUGCACACAGGACAGGCUGUUGGUGCAGAUGUGGAGUUUUCCGCAGCGAGCUUGCACACUGUCCAGGCACCGGGAGAGUCAGCUGAAAGUGAACUGAAUAUUUCCUCACUUUGUCCACACUCUAUCCUUUUGUUGAGUUUGGCGGGGGGGUAAAUGAGGAGGAAUUAGUGGGCUUUUAAAAGAUUUAGGUUUAAUUGAAACACAGCCAAAUGGCAGGUAGUGAACCGUGAUGUGUACAUGUAAACUCCUGCCAAAGUUUAUUACCAUUGAGAUUUAUUAGUUGCACCAUCAGUAUCUCAUAAUGAGAGACUUUUUCUUCAUUUAUACAAUUUCUCCUUAUUUCAUUUGUCAUGUAUUCAACGGUUUUAUUGCGUCUUCCACAUUUCAAUCAUAUGAUUCAGUGCACAAACAUACUCAGACGACUAUACUGUUACGUUUACAUAUACUUUAAUCUCAGUACCAAGCACUGUCUGCUUCAGACUGUUCAUAUUACAGGGUCUGAUUACAAUAUCAUAAGAUCAUUAGACCCUGCUAGGGCUGGACUCGAGGUGUUGGGCACUCGAUCCCUGUCAUUACCUGGUGCUAAACUCUGCUAGAUUCCUUCACGGAGUUGGUUACGCCCAAAACAGCAUUUGCGACCCAGAAUUAUCAAAGAUUUCCAUCACUGAAAUCAAAAUGUAUCCAUAAAGAUUAAGGAUAUGUGUACUUGAUUUCCUUUAGCUUUAUGUAAAAGGAGCCUGUCACAGAAAUACUCAAAGAAUAAUUGAUCAUAUAUUCACACAGACUUUGAGGUCUAAAAAAGAGUAGUUUUUGUAUACACAUACAGAGUACCCAGGUUCAGAAAAAACUUCAGAAACUUGCUCAUUUAUUUUGAUGAAGGCACUAUAAAAAUUGACUAAGUUGACGUUGUUUUGAUACCGCCAUUUAUUUUGAACUGUAAUUUCUUGUAAAGUGAAAGCACAGGCUCAGCACAAAGCAUAAUUCAUAUUUGAUGUAAAAUUUUAUUUUCUUUGUCCUACGUUUGCAAUUGACUUUGAUUAAAGUAGUUAAAGCCAGAGUGGUGCACACUAUCAUGAAUAUAUAAGGUGAUGUGUAUCUUAUUAACGUUACUUCUUAUUGUAUACAUAUUGUAACUUGAAACAAACUUCGAUUUGGAGUGCAUCUUCUUUCAUGGGAAGCCCAUGUCUCUUUGAUUCGGAUGGCAGAAUUUAAAGUGCUUUGCUGUAAAAUUAGGUUUGCUCCAUCAUAACCUUUUUGUGUUUGAUUUCCCUUGUGUGACACUGAUAUUCAGUAUGCAUUUUGGAACGACAUUGUUUUAUUUUGAUAUUUGUCCUCACCUCACUAUGCUUUAAACACCAGACAGAACGUGUUUUAGCUAAGCCCGGUAUAAAUUUGCCUCUAUAUUGGACUUUGUGGUACUUUUCUAGUCUGCUCAAUGUUUUAAUCCGUAUUACUGUUCUCAUAUCAAAGUUGUUUGAAAUAAAAUGUAUGCAGAAUUUCAUACUGAUUCCGUUCAACAGCAGUAAGCACUGGUGCGGUUACCGAGUUGAUUUACGUCAUGCAGUUUUUGCAUGUUGUGUAGUUAACAUCUGUCCUUUUUAAUCACUUUUGUGAAAAGUGUUGAUGGCAUCUGAUGGAAGCUUCAAUAACCUGACAGUUGUUGGCAGGUGACUAAGAAGAUUGAGUCUGUAUUAAAAACAGGAUUUAAAAGCA